GGGGCAGAAAAAGGUGGGCGGAGGAAGGCGGCUGCCUGGAGGUGGAGAAACGCUGACUCCGGCAGAAGCAGCACUCAAGGGGGUUCCUCCCUCAGUCUCGGGCGUGCGAGUCGAAAGCCCAGCCAUGGCGAGCUCCAAGCGGCAGAGAAACUCCAACAACGGCUCAGGAGAAAUCCAUGUGGACAGCAAGAAUGUACUGCAAGACAGAGAUGGACAGCAAAACCACACUGAAACAGAUGCCAUUGGUGAAAGAAACAUCCAGCUUUUUGAUCCAGCAGUGGAGUAUAACAUGAACCACAAGAGGAGGGGACUUGCUCUGAUCUUCAACCACGAACGCUUUUUCUGGCACUUGACAUUACCAGAGAGACGUGGCACCCAAGCUGACAGGGAUAACCUAAAACGCAGCUUGACGGAGCUUGGGUUUGAAGUGAAGUGCUUUGACGACCUUAAAGCAGUUGAAGUGUUGCAAAACAUUUACAACGUGUCCACAGACCAGCAUGAAGAUGCAGACUGCUUCGUGUGCAUUUUCCUGAGCCAUGGAGAAGAUGAUCACGUUUAUGCCUACGAUGCUAAAAUAAAGAUACAGGAAUUAACCAAGAUGUUCAGAGGAGACAAAUGCCCAAGCCUAGUUGGGAAGCCAAAAGUAUUUAUAAUUCAGGCAUGCAGAGGAGAUAGGCAUGACGACCCAGUCCUUCAUCGUGACACAGUGGAUAGCAAAACAGAAAUCAAUGAAACACAAGUCGAUGCUGCCGCUGUAUAUACACUGCCUGCUGGUGCAGACUUCCUCAUGUGUUACUCGGUUGCAGAAGGGUACUAUUCUCAUCGCGAGACUGUAAAUGGCUCUUGGUACAUUCAAGAUCUGUGUGAGAUGAUAAGAAAACAUGGUUCUUCCCUGGAGUUCACAGAGCUACUGACGCUGGUUAACAGGAAAGUGGCUCACCGCAGAGUGGAUAUGUGCAAAGAUCUUAAUGCUAUAGGGAAAAAGCAGAUUCCUUGCUUUGCAUCAAUGUUGACUAAGAAGCUGCAUUUCUACCCAAAAUCAAAAUAACACUGAAGAGCAGUAACGAGAGGUUAUCUCAAACUACCCACAAUCUUGACAUAUGGGGUAAUAGAUUCAGGCUGCAAUCCUGUACCCUUUUACCUGGGAGUAAUCCCCACUGAACUCAACGGGGUUGCUUCUGCGUAGCUGAUGUUUGGAACUGCACUGUCAAGCAUUGUCAGUGUGCACUAUUUCAGUUUGCUUAAGAAAUCACCCUUGUUUUUCUUGAUCAACUAAGACGAUUUGCAAAACUACAAAGUAGCAAUAAUGGAAGACCCAAGUAACCAAAUUACAACCAGCAAGGUCUUUUUUUAAAAAAAGUGAUUGUAAAUAUUGUAAGAUAAUUUCAAAAUCUGAAAGACUUUUUUUUUAACUUGUUAGAAAAAUUGCAAAAAGGAAUUUGAAAGGAAGUUGUACAAUGCUGAACAUUCCAUAAAAUUCAACAUUUCUAAACCGGAAGUACUUUUUAUGCACUGCAUUAGAAAUUAUUGGAUUAGAAAUCAACAUUAUACUUACCCAACCUCAGAGAAUUUUGGAAAAUGAGUCAGUCUUUUUACAUUUGAGCAAGAAAGAAGCAAUUGCAUUUUCAAGUGCAUGAGUUUGCAAGCUUCAUUUUGAAACUUUAGAUUUUGUACUUUCUCUCCCCCCCCCCAUACAAUAAUGCUUUUGUAGGGAUCAUUUCCAUUAUCUGACCUCAUCCCCAUACUUUAGCCUGGCAAAUACCAUUUGAACACUGUCAGACUCUGUUGUGCAACUGCCACUGAUUGGUGUAACUGGCUAGUACGGUCAAAAGAGUUCUAGGCAUCCCAUUUAUAGUUCAAAAUUAUUAUUAAGUGGCUUGACCUACUGCAGGCCAUUAGCUAUUGUUUUAUAGGUGCUAGGACAUGUACUGUCUUGCUCCCUGAUGUUGGGGGUGGUGAUGUUUGUACAGGUGAGUUGUGCCCCAUGGAUUUUGCAUCUUAAAUGUAACAAGAAACUUUAUAUGUUUAUAAAAAGCCACAGACUCUGAAACUCUUUGUGCAUGUGAGGAUUUCUGAAAACUUAGGAGGUGCUUUUUAAAUUUUUUUUUGCAGAACAGAUCUUAACUCAGAAAAUAAGCCCAAAACAGCAAUGCAUUUUUUAUUUACCUUAUUAUAAAGUUACAUUCAAAUAGAGGGGUUCCAGAUUAAAAUAAAAAUUGUAAAAAUCA